AUGGGUAUGCUUAUCGAUGAUUUGAUGGUUCGCUUCGAGAAGAUUAGUAAGGAUGAGUCUAUCGAUACCAAGGAGAUGGUUACCUUCAUCGAGUUGUUGGAUGAAGCAGUUCAGUAUGCCGACCAGAACAGGGAUGUUGCUGAUAAGAGGGGUCAAGUUCUUGAAAAGUUGGUCAAGAAGCUUUGUGAUAGAAGCCCUAUCGAUGCUGAUACGGGUAUUAAGCCUAUUGAUGAGUUGCGUCAUGUGGUUUUGACUCCUAAUGUGUCUUAUUCUGAUGUUGUUCAUCAGCAACGAUUCCGUUGUCCCACCAUUAAUUAUCAGUAUACCUCCGAUGCUAUAAAAGGUGCUGGUUCUAGUAAGAGUCGUAACCGUUUACCUUAUCUCCAUGUUGAUUGGUUGGGGUUUUUGGCGGUUCCUUCUCUCCAGCAGGCGGAUAUGAAUUCGUUCGAAUGGUUGGUUAUGAAUAUCCCGGUACUGAGGUCUGUUAUGAUACUACCAGAAGUUUGGGGGGUUAUGCAACCUACCUUACGUCUCUUUGUUCUACACGGUAGGACGAAGUUUCGCAGUCGCUACGCUGGUAAGGAUGUUAUCAACGCAUUGGAUAUGGAUUCUGAAGCUUUGGUGCGUAGUCCUACUUUGUGUACUGUGGGUCACGUUAUUAGGAUGUUGGUGGUACUGACCUUCUAUGAUGCGUUAGGUCUCUGGGAUAUUGAUCCUCAUCGUCCUCCUGUUAUUGCAUCGGGUGCGAUGACUGAUGGCGGUUCCUACGACAAGAGGGUUAGAGCGUUGACUAAGCCGGUUUACUUCAGUCUAAUGAGGGUAUUUACUAUGUACAAGACCGUCUUCUGGAGGUGUCUGUACAAUCAUUAUUAUGAUGAUCCUCAAGGUAACGCGGCUGCUCUUUCUGCUCUAGAGCCAAGCAACUUUGAUCCGAUGGCUAUUAGUACCUUCCGUCGUUGGGAGUGGAUCUUUGGUUGGUUGGACGUUAACAGUGUAUCCGCUGAGGCUGCUGUCCAAGCUGUACACAAGAUUGAGCAGAGUUAUUGUUAUAAGGGCUCUAAUGGUGAGGCUGAACAGCAAGGUAGUUCGUCGAGCUCCUCUGAGGUUGGGGAGUACGGUGACUUUGGCUCAUGGGACUAA